AUGACUGCAGCAGAUUCGGGGUGGGCAGUUUCGGCAGCUGUUGCAGCUGGUUCGGGUGAAGUAGGUCGGACGAGAGUCGCAGGGGGUGCGGCUCUUCAGAACGCGGAUAAGAUUCGAACGGACGGUCCAGAUCUACAGAAUUAUGGCAGACUUGAGCAAGAUGGAUUGUUAGGAAGCCGUUCCCAGCCAUCCGAUCCGCAACCUUCCUGUUUGGCGUCACAGAGAGAGGGGAAUAACAGAUUGACAGCCGCGAGAGAUGUUUCUCCCACAGCCGCUCCUGUUCCUUGCACUGCGUCCAUCACAUCGCUACCAUCAGCACCACACAGGCAGGUUUCGCCUUCCGCCUCUCCUGCCACCGUCCCGUUGCCCUCUCAAGAGACGGGCUCCCCCUCCCCUGCCCCCCUCGCAUGCCCUUCCGCCACGCCCGCCGCCCUUUCCGCCACCCCCUCCGCCACUCCGUCUGCCACCCCUUCCGCCACCCCCUCCGCCACCCCGUCCGCCACCCCUUCCGCCAUCACUUUCGCUACCCCGUCCUCCCCCUCUUCUGCGGCCCACUCACAUCACAGCCGCGUAAAGCGCAGCGCCAGUGACAACAACUGUCUCAGCCAGUCCACGCCCUCCUCUGCCAAGCCUGCCGUCCCGCCUCCCAGCCGAACCUCCUCCGCAGGCUCGGAGCUAGGCAAGGGCGCAGCAGCGGCGGCUGCAGCUGCUGUGGCGGAGUUUUCCGCGCGCAGGCAGCACAUGGGCGCGGAAGCUUCAGUUGGGGAGCGCGGAAUGAGGGGGAAGACGCCUAUAGGAGCAGCAGCAGGUGCAGCAGUGGUAUCAGGAGGAAGAGAGAGAAGGGAGGGUUCAAGCAAUGCUGCGGGUGAUAGCAGGGGCGGUAGCAAGAGUAAUUUAACUCAAAAGAAUGGAGACUCCCCCGCCCUCUCUUCUUGGCCUUCCCCCGCCCCAGCGUCCCCCUGGGUCCCCUCCCCUUCCCCCUCCGCCUCUCCUUCCCUCCGCACUCCCCACGCACCCUGGAGCAUCACCGCUUCCCCUGCCCCCGCCCGACAAUUCCCCCCCACCCCCUCCCCGUGGUCCCCCUUCCCCCAAGCGUCCGCCAGGGGCAGGGGGAAAGGGGGGGCAAUGGCGGGGGGGGUGUGGUGGGGGAGGGCGGUGGUGGGGGCGCUGCAGCAGCGGUCAGCGGGGGGGAUGAGGCGGCUGGCGCUGCUGAUUGCGCUCAACUCCGCGUAUUCCACUGCAGAGCUCAUAGUGGGGCUGCUUAUAGGGCGAAUAGAGCUCGUGUCCGACUCCUUCCAUCUCUCCUUCGGCUGCUGCAUCCUGCUGCUCUCUCUUGCUGCCAUGCUCGUGGGGAAACGCCCCGCAGAUGCCACCUUCACCUACGGCUAUGAGAGACUGGAGGUGCUAGCAGCCUUCACAAACGGGCUCUUCCUUCUCUUCCUCUCCUUCUCGCUAGCAGUGGAGUGCUUGCAUGCUUAUAUCGAGGAUGAGGCAGAGCACAAGCACUACCUGGUUCUCUCCGCGGUGGUUCAUCUGCUCAUCAACCUCCUCGGAGUGUUUUUCUUCAAAAGCUUUGCUCGUCGCACAAUAACAUACCAGAGACCAAGAGACAUGAACCAUCAUGCCAUCCUUCUUCACCUGCUCUGUGACUCUAUCAGAAGUGGUGGGGUUGUCCUUGCCUCGUGGUUCAUUGCAAUAGGAGUGUACAGUGCAGAGGCCAUCUGCCUGGGGCUCGUCUCCCUCACAGUGCUCGUCCUCGCGCUCCCAUUGGUCCAGUCGUCCGGCAAUCUGCUGCUGCAGAUGGCUCCUGCAGGCAUCUCCGAACCCGCCCUGCACAAGUGCAUUCGCCAUGUGGCGGCAUAUGAGGGGGUAGAGGAGUGCAUAGAGCAUCGCUUCUGGGCAGUGGUCCCGGGACAUGUGGUGGGGACACUCACUGUUCGG